UGAAAACUGAAUGCGUAAAAUGAAACGUAAUUUAUGGCCGCGCUCUCUCUUGUUUAUUUGACGUUCGUUGAUUUUCCGUGGUUAUCUGGAAAAAAAACAUAGUUGCGGCUGGAAUCCAGUGCGAAUACGUGACCGCUUUUCAGUAAUAAAUUCAGCAUUUCAACCGUCACCCUGGAAGUCCUACAAGUGAACCACGAGGAAUCCAAAAUGACGUCGGUAGCAAGAAGACGGGAGCAAGACGAUUCCGGGGAAUACUCGGAUGCAUCCCAGGAAAAUGGGCAAAACAGCUCCGCGAAUGACGCCCCGGCGCCCGAGUCCGACUACGACUCCCGAGGGAGCGAGUCCGACCUCUCGGACAAGGAUCAAGACGGUCAGGAGGCAGAAAAGAGAGUUGAUGAUGACGAGGACCGGAGCAACCCUCAGUACAUCCCCAAGAGAGGGACUUUCUAUGAGCAUGAUGAUAGAACUGCCGCAAGCGGUGAAGAGCCAGCCAACCCCACAGCCUCCGAAGCGGCGGUGGAGAAGAAGGAGUCCGGGCCUGGAGCGCCGCCGGAGCGCCGCCGCCCGCCGCGCCCCUCUGAUACCACGAAUAAGUGGAGCCACGACAAGUACCAUGAGAAUGAACAGAUGCCCAAGUCCCGAGACGAGCUAGUCUCCAUCUACGGCUACGACAUCCGCAAUGAAGACGCACCGCCGCACGCGCGACGCAACAGAAGAUACGGCCGGGGUCCAAACAAGUACACUAGAACUUGGGAAGACGAAGAGGCGUACAAGCGACAAGCCACCGCCGCCACGCCCAAUAGGAAGCCGCCGAAUCUAGAGGACUUCCCCGAGCUGGAAGCGGCCGGCAAGAGAUCCAAUAAGAAGAGGCCGCCCCGCCCGCGCUCCAAGUCGCAGCCUAACUCGGAACAUUCGCUCGAGAACGGAACCACAGAGCUGAAGAGAAACGCGUCCAUCAAGUCGCCGCGCAGCCGGGACCCUGUGAGGAAGAACCCGGAGAGGAUAGAGCGGACGGUGGUGAACAAAGCAGCAGCGCCGGUUGGGAAGCAGCCGGAGAGGCCAGACAGGAUGCCCGCUAUAGAGCGGCUGACAAUCACUGCUAAUGUUAAUGCGAGUAAUGGCGCCGCUCCUCAACGCAAGGUGAACGCGACGGUGGCUCAACAGCGACCCGUGCCCACCGCGCAGGGGAAGAAGCCCGCGCCGCAACCACCGGCGCCUCAACAGAACAGCAGUCAGCCGCCGGCACCGUCGGUCAAGGCGCAGGCGCCCGCGCCGCCGCAGCAGCCGCCAACCACACAAGCAUCGGCCCCUACGGCGGAAGCUCGCGGCAGCAAGCGCUACAGCAGUCUGCGCCAGCGCCCCCUGGCGGAGCCCUACUCGCCGCAGCAACAACAACAACAACAAUCACAGCAGCAACAACCACAGCAGCAGCAGCAGCAUAGAUAUGCAGAGUUCCCGUCGAACCAGCAGCCCGCGCCGGCGCCGGCGCACCAGGGCAGCCCCGCGCCGCCGCAGCAGCAGAUUAUGCAUCAGCAGGUCCACCGCACGCCGGCGGUGACGCAGCCGCAGCACGGCCCGUCGCCGCCGCACCAGACGAUAGCGCAGCCGCACAACCAACAGCAGGUGCGUUUAGGCAUGAUGGAGCAGCAGCUAGUUCAACACCCGCACCACCAGAUACACAACAUGCCGCCGCACACCAUGGUUUCAGCGGCGCAGCUCCCCCCCGCGCAGGGGUACCCGCCCUCGGGCAUGAUGCCGGCGCAGUACAUGCAGCAGGGCGCUAACAAUGGAGUAUACGCGGGCGCGCCCAUGUUCGCGCAGCCGCCCGCCUACCCGCACCAGUUGUACCAACACCAGUAUAUAAAUACACCACAAGCGUUCCAAAAUCCUGGGGCAACCCAAGCAGGCGGCGUGACGUACUACACGCACGGGGAGCCCGAGCCGCCGGCGGUGCCGCUGCCGCGCACGCAGCGCCGCCCCACCGCCGCCAUACCCAUAGUGAGGCCGGAGCAGCCCGAGCGACCACCGAACCCGACCGAGAAGGACAUAGACAGAAUCGUAGAGAACAUGUUUGUGAGGAAACCGUGGCCGGCGACGACCAGCGCUGAUUCCAAAGAGAAAAGCCAAACUGAAUCUCGAGAUUCCCAAGAGCCAGCCAGCAAAGACUCUUCCCAGCCGAACAGCCUAACAUCCAGCUCUAUAUCAAACGAGUCGAGACCUUCAGCCGAAAGGACAGAGCCGAAAGAACAGCCGAAGGAGGAGCCGAAGGCCGAAGAACCUACCAGGAGCUCAGAGGAGAAAGAAGUCAAACCCGAGGCAGAGGUAGCAGAGAGCAUAUCGCAGGAUGCCUGACUGACAAGGAUCAAGUUCUACGAAAGUUAUCACACUAGAUAUUAUAGUAAGAGCUAGCUGACUGCGUGUGCCUACUGCACUUGUGUUAUGUAGAUGUCUUUACUUGACGUUUCUGAAAGGAUGAUGAAAUUCUGUUUGUUUUCGACUAAACGAUGAAGAAGCUUGGCUUAACUGAGUACAGUGUAGCCCAGAUGACCGGUUUAGUUUGAUUAAACUGUGGACUAAAAGUAAAAGAAGAACUUUGCAUUUGGCAUAUAUAAAAAUAUAGAGACAUAUUCGUAUAAAUGUCUUUAGCACACAGUCAAACAACUAAACAAGCAGAAUUUUGGCAUGCGAAAUACUAAUCAUAGCUUUACUGAGGUAUUCGCUAGAAAAGGAUUUAAAAAAUAUAAACAUGCCAAAAUCGGUAAAAAUACCAAAUGGCAGUUGCAUUAUUCAUUUUUUCAGAAUAUUGUCGAAUAAAGAUGUAGAAUAGAUAGCUUUAUUUCCAAUACGUGCAGUAUGGUUUCUCUCCUUUCGAAUAAGUAGAAUUAUUUAUCAAAAUUCCUACACGUAGUACGGCUGUGUCAUUUAAUUACUAUUUCUAUGCAGGUUGUUAAAUAUAUGAAGUCCAUAUUUUAAUAUAGUUUUAAAACACAUACCCCAUACAUGUAAAAAAUAUAUUAGUUGUAAAUAUUUCUACAAUCUGCAUAGGAUCUUCCGAAUAGUUAUGAAUUAAGUCUUAAAAUGUUGUAAAAAAAACGAAAAAUAUACAAAAAAAUUAAAUUCUGUUUAUCAAAAAAAUCUUAGAGUAGCAAGGGUCUUUACCAUAGAUAAAUUAUAGUAUCUAUGCUUUUAACUCAUUCAAAUUGUUAGUCGUUGUAUGUGUGACCAAAAGUAUGUUUUGUAUAAAAAUGGAAGCGUAAAUGUGUAUUUAUAUCGAAUCACUAGAAUAAAUACUUAUUGAAUUACUUGACAUGAUUGGUUGUUAUAUGGAUAUAUACUAUAAUGUUAACCAUCAUACAUAUACCUACAUUCAGGAUUAUAGAUGUAGCUAUGACUAUAAAGAAAGAUCGAAAUAUGUUUAAGACUGUGUGUAAACUUGUUACAUCAUAUUUUAUGCUAUUACCUACCAAAAUAGUUGUAAUAAUACCACUCAAUGUUAUGACCACACAGCCCAUGUAGCACAGAGCGCUAUUAAGACGUGACAAAAGUUCUCGGUCGCGCUCGCUCUUGAGGCUGCGCGAUGUGAGUGAGCGCGAUGCAAAACUCUUGUCACGUCUUAAAUGCGCCCCGUACUAGCCCUACAGGUCCAUAUUUAAAAAAUGCGAUAAAAUACUCAAGAUUAAUUAGCACAAUAUAAUAAACCACUUUGAAACAAGCGAUAUAAAAAAGAUAGGUAAUCGAUGUAAAUC